GCAAAAUAAAUAAAAAAAAUAUGCUCACCUAAUACAUUGAAAAUUCAAGGUGUUCACAUCAAAUGACCUCUUCGUCCAAAACAGAGAACUGCACGGGUUUUGGUCGGUGUCCGUCAGCGAAACUUCGCCGAAAUCUCGACAUAGCGGCCAUCACGUUCAGCCUCACCACACCCACGAUGUCCAGCCGCUGUUAAAUACCAGAAAAAAAUAUAGCAUUCGGAUCUCGAACUUGCUUCGGCAUUUCAUCGAACACCUUUCUUGCACUAUCCGAACAACACGAUGGCAGCAGAGAAAAUCAAAUCGGAGGAGAUUGAAGAGUACGAAGACCUGCUGCCGAGGAUGGCGGAGAAACUGGAAGCAGAAGAAUUCGUAUCGGAGUUAUGCGGAGGGUUUCGACUGCUGGCGGAUGCGAGGAGAGGGGCGAUCACGGCGGAGAGCUUGAGGAGGAACGCGGCGAUGAUGGGGAUGGAAGGAAUGACGGGGGAGGAAGCGGAGGAGAUGGUGAGAGAAGGGGAUAUUAAUGGCGAUGGGGUGCUGAAUGAGGCGGAGUUCUGUAUUCUUAUGGUUCGUUUGAGUCCGGGAAUGAUGGAGGAUGCGGAGAUGUGGCUUCGAAAGGCGAUCGAGCGGGAAAUUUUGCUUCGAGAUCGACGUGUGGGAGCUUGAUUUGGGGUUCCAUUUUGAUGGCUUGGGUUUGGAGGAUGAACUGUUCUUCUUAGAGAUUGAAAUCUGCUUUUUCUAAUUUGAAAUCUGGUAUUUCUGUAACAAGAUUCUUAUGAUUUUUUUAAAUUUUCAGUUUUUACUCCUUUGUGACUUGUGGCAGAGGAUCGAAAUGGUCGCACUUUUCAACUUGUUGUUUGGGAGAUUAAAGCUAAUCUUUGAUCCGGAUUUCAAAUGUCCGGACAACGGCCCGGAUGCCACAGAAGAUGGGCGGAAUCGGACCUCCACUCUUCUCGCUACAUCUGGCGGUUGUCCGG